CGUGGGAGGCACAUUCUUCAGCCUGCCUGCUCUGCAAAUCCGGGAGCGGGCAGAAGGGGAGAGCCAGACCCACGGUGAGCUCCACUCUUGGCAGACGGCUCCUGCACGAGGAAGAGCAGAUGACAGCCAAGUCAGGGACUAAUGGGACCGAGAUGUCGGGCGACCCGUCGGAGCUGGAAUGGGCCCUCCACGUGCUGGUGAAGAACUACGACAAAUACGCCAGCGGCUGCUGCAAGAAACCCCGGCGCAUCAGCAAGAAGGAUUUCCGCAAGAUGCUGAGCCGGGAGCUCAACCACAUGCUGACGGACACCGGGAACAAGCGCGCGGCCGACAAGCUCAUCUGCGACCUGGACGAGAACAAGGACGGGCACAUCAGCUUCGAGGAGUACUGGACCCUGAUCGGCGGCAUCGCCAGCCCCAUCGCCUGCCUCAUCCGCCAGCAGGAACAUGGCACCAAGUUCACCAAGUAGCACGGCCCGAGGGCGCCAGCAGCCCCUCAGAUCCCCCCCAGGCCCCUGGCUCGGAGCUCCCCCUUUGCUGCUUCUCCCUGGGCCACGUGUGAUCCCCUGCCCCCCACAGCGCCCCCGAGGCCAGCGUCUCCCAGGGAGAGUGGAUCUCCUUCCAGCUGGGGCUCAGCCCCCACCUCGAUCAGUCACCCCCCACCUUAGCCAGUGCUCGUUCACCCCUCCCGCCCACUGCUGGGCCGGCCCACAUGGCAGCAGAGAUACCAUCCUCCUGGCCUUGUUAGCAAUCCGCCUGCCUUGUCAUGUGGCAGAUCCGUGGCCUCCUGGACCCUCGUCCCUCAGCCGGGGCCCAUGGUGCUGGCAGUCACAGAGCAGUAGGUGAUGGAGGAGAAUCGCCUGUGGCUCUCUGCAGUACAGGGCUUAUGUGACACAUGCUGCAGUGGGUCUGACGUGCCAAGAAAGCAGAUCCGCAUUGUCCCAGCAAGAAGGGGGGCAGCAGGGACACACGCAGACACGCAGACACGCACACCCCAGUCAGUUACAGCCCGGUCGCUGCUUUUCCCAGGCUCCCCCUGUAGCUUGCUGAUGCCGUAUUGGCCUUUGCAGCCCUGCCACCAAAUGCCCUGGGGGUGGCUCCAGGGCUGGGCUAACCCCUCGGGGGGAAGGCCCCGGCGCCUUUGCAGGGUUCACAGUGCUGGUGUCCCAGGGUCCUGCAGGGCUGGGACGAGGCCCUUUUCUCCUCUCGCUCUUAGGAGGCUGUGCUGGGUUUAACCCUUCCCGGUCUGCAGCUGAGCGCUGAGCCUUGCCUGGCCCCAUGCUGGAGAGCUCUGUGCUGGCAGGGAGGGGUGAAAUUGCCCCUGCCCCCUGCCAAGGCCCUGAGUGAGACAAGCCAAGUUCCCAGCCGUGCCUGUCUCCCGCCGCGUCAUUUCCUCACUCUGUGUGUAGACGGGACUGGCUGGGGGCCCAGGCCGGGGAGAGGGAGGGAUGCAGCCCCUUGGUGACUCUCCUUCUUAGACCAAACUCUGCCCUCAGUGCCUCCCCUGCAGCCCCCCCGGGCCGCCCCCCAGGUGGGGGUUCCAGGGCAUUGACCCCCAUCUAUGACUUGAAUGUUCCCGUUCUCAGGCCUGUCGGGCUCGGGAUUCCGACCCCCAUGCUGGUUAGAAAUCAACCCGUCCGAGCUGAUAAAAAACCUCUCCUUCCCCUUUGCUGAGCAUCGUGACAGUUCUGUGGGGCCCAUGGGGGCCGUGGGGCUCGUCUGACUUUCCUUAACGCCCCCGGGGGCUGGUGCACAAGCUGGACUGUGAAAUUCAUAACAAUAAAGUUUGGAGUGGGA